AUGUUUGGGAGAAAGAAGCGGGCCAAUUACCAAGUGAUUGACGACGAAUACGAGGAUGGCGAUAUCCGGAACGAAGCGUCAACGUCUCUUCUCAAUGAGCGGUCCCGUUUACGAUAUGGUGAUCCAGAAGCUGAGACAAGACAAUCGACUGACCCAAGCAUGAGUACAGAUCUGGAGCGAGGUUAUCAGGGGCCUCCCCGGAAUCACGUCGCCUCUUCGGGGAAUGCGACCCGGGAUCAUGGCCACGCAAAUACGCCGCCGAUGAUGGGCAGCAGCAGUAACCAAGAGCACCGAUGGGAGCAUAUUGAGAAUCUAGAUCAGUUCUUCAAUCGCGUAUAUGAAUACCAUCAAGGCGGUGGCUACAUGUGCAUUGCGGCAAAAUGCGUGCUUUCCUUGAUUCAAUUCAUCUUCAUAGUGGCGUUUUCCACCUUCUUCCUGCAAUGUGUCGACUACGAUGUGUUGUUCCGUAACAAAAAUACUACAACGUCAGGCCAGACUCUUUUACCGGGAACGAAGCGGCAUUUUGGGGACGCCGUCAUUGAGAAUUGCGCUGCUAGCUUACAUCCAUUCAUAAUUCUCGCCAUUCUGAUGGCGAUCAGCUUCUGGGUGUCUCGAGUCAUCAAAUCCUGCUACUACCUCCUGCAGCUGAGGGAAAUUCAGGAAUUCUACUCGCAUGCUCUCAACAUCGAGGAUCAUCAAUUGGCAAAUCUAACCUGGCACACGAUUGUAAAGAAGAUUUGUGAGGUACAACCCCGUCUGCACUUGAUUAUCAACUUGGAAACGCUUUCGCCAAUUGACUUGUACCACCGCAUUCUUCGUUUCAAAAAUUAUUUCGUGGCUCUUGUAAACCAGGAGCAUUUGCCGCCCAGAAUAAAAAUGCCUUUCUGCGACGAGAUCCCAUAUUUGCCGAACGGACUGAAAUCGAAUCUGGAAUGGCUGCUCUUCUGGGGAUACUUCUCGCCUUGGCGUGGCCCUUAUGUUUUGAAGGAAGAAUAUCGUGAUAUGGAAAACCUUGAAUACCUUACGACUGAGAUGGAGAAGACAGUGACCUACCUCGGCAUCUUCAACCUGGUGCUUUUCCCACUCGUCUUCCUCUACCAGCUUCUUUACUCAUUUUUCACGCUAGCCGAGAUGGUGAAACGGGAGCCUGGCUCCCUCGGCACACGACGAUAUUCAAAUUUCGGAAGGUACCGCCUCCGACACUUCAACGAACUGGAGCACGAGCUUCGAGCCCGGUUGAACCGAUCGCACGCAUAUGCAAAUGCUUACGUUAACCAAUUCUAUUCGCCCAUAGGAGAAAUUUUUGCGAAAAACACUGCUUUCGUCGCCGGUGCAAUCUUUGCUGUACUAGCCAUCCUCUCAGCCUGGGAUGAAGAUGUGCUUCAGGUGGAACACGUUAUUACUGUGAUGACGGUGUCUGGUGUGAUCAUGGUCAUCUGCAGGAGCCUGAUAUCUGAUGAAAAUCUCGUUUGGCAACCGGAGGCGCUCCUAAGCCAUGCCGCGUCGGAAUUGCAUUACGUGCCUUCUGACUGGAAGGGGCAGGCACAUACAGAUCAGGUUCGCGGUUCCUUCGAACACCUCUUCCAACUGAAGAUCUACUACCUGCUGGAAGAACUUUCGAGCCCGUUGCUCACCCCAUACAUCCUCCUAUUCCACAUUCGUCCAAAGUGUCAAGCACUCGUGCGCUUCCUGAUUGAAAAUUCGGCAAGCGUCGAAGGUCUCGGCAAUGUCUGCUCGUUUGCCUUGAUGGACACGGGUCGACACGGUGAUCCUCUCUGGAAUCAGCUAGAUGGUGAAGAGGAUAACGGUCAACCCGAGGUAGUUCCCGCGCUGCACGGCAAAACCGAGCUGUCUGUUCUUCACUUUGCAAAUACCAACCCAGAAUGGUCACCACCUAAAGAUACAGCCAAAUUCCUUGGGAGGUUCAGGAAUAAGUUGGAUCAAGAAGCCACGGCGCUUAGGACUGCGGCUCCUGGUCGGAAUUUACUGCUCGAAUCGGUGCAAUCUUUACUGGCGCCUCUUCCGCAACCCGCACUGUCACAGGGUGCAAUUAUUGGAGAAGGUAUCCACCGGAUUGACGGCCCACUGGAAAACAGCCACUGCAUGUUCAGCAGCGUCUCCCGUAGCAAUCCAAUGGCUAGUAGUCUCAGCAACAGUCUGCGCCAGAGUGGAAUCGAGAUGGAAAGUUCAUCUGCUGAUAUGCGGGUGCAAGCCCUCUUUAUUCGUGAGCUUCACUCUGACAGCAUUCGCAGGAGCAUGCAUCGCCCGAAUAAUUACAAUUCGUUCACGACUGCCGGCAACAACCAAAGUGUUUUUGGCGUGCCGCAGAUGAGCGAGUUCACCGAUUCGACAGGUGAACGAUUGGGCGGACAAAGCGUUUUGGGCCGCUCAAUGAUGCGAUCCGGUGCGAAGCCAUCAACUAGCAGCGCACCCAGCCCACACCCUGCUCAACACAAUGUUCCGUUUGGCGUGCUGGGUCAGCUUGUCGAGCACGAAGAUGAAGUCGAGAAGGAGACCGAUGAGCCUGACAUCGAGCAGUCUGGACCCCUGUUCUAUCAUGCUGACGAGCAGCAACGCCCUGAAGAUGACGAUGACACGGACGACGAGGAUGAUUCCCGACCACCCAUUUCUUUCAAAGCC